AUGCCACCUAAAAGGUACUUCGAGCAGGACGAGCCCGCCGCAGAGGGCGCUGCUCCUGCGCCGACUGCCGCGACAGCCCCAGCCGCCGCUGCUGAUGCUAUUCCAUCGACCAAAUCGAAGGAUAAGGGCAAGGAUAGGCCCAACGCCACCCUCUUCGUUUCCAGAUUGCCCUACACUGCCACCACAACCGAUCUCCAGACGCUCUUCAGUGAGAUUGGUCCGCUCAAGCGAGCCUUUGUCGUCACAGACCAGGCCACAAAGAAGUCCAAGGGUGUCGGAUACGUCACCUUUGCCAUCCCCGAAGACGCCCAGACCGCACUCGAUCAGCUUCAGGAAAAGUCGCUCGACGGUGGUAGCAGAAAGAUUCACAUCACCUUUGCCGACCAGAAGGAUCCCACCGGCAACAAGCGCAUCCCUGUCAAGGCCGACCAGGACUCGCCAUCCUCUUCCAAACGCCCGCGCACCGAAUCGAGCAAGCCGGCACGCCAGGCCGGUGCCUUUCAAGAGAAGGAUGCACACGCCGUUCGCACCGUCAUUCUUUCCGGUCUCUCUGGCUGCAAGCCCGUACCCGACUCCAAGCAGAUCUACAAGCGAGCGCGAAAGAUCGGCGAUGUUGAAACCGUCAUCUAUCCUCACCCUUCCUCGCCCAACCCCAAUGAUGCCGCACACGUCGUCUUCCGCACGCCCAACCACGCCAUGACCGCCGUCGAAAAGCUCCACGCCCACGUCUUCAAGGGCGUCCAGAUCAGCGCCAUCCUCAAGAAGCGCGCAGACAACGCCGCCAGGAUCGCCGCCCACAUGCGUCCCGAGACGCUCGCAAAGCGUGAAAAGAUGCGCCAGGAGGUGGAGAAGAACAGCGGAAAGGGCACCAUGCCCGUCCUCCUCUCCGAGAUCGACAAGUCCAGCAGGCUCAUCAUCCGCAACCUCCCCUUCGACGUCAACGAGGCCGACCUCCGCUCCAUCUUCCUCCCCUUUGGCCCCGUCUACGAGAUCACCAUCCCCAAGGUAAAGGCAAAGCAGCAGCCAGACGAAGCCAAGCCGGAUUCCAACGGCAAACAGAAGGAGACAGCUUCCGUCAAGCAAGAAGAUUCGGAAGACUCGGCCGACUCUAACUCGUCGGGCGACAGCGAUUCCGACGGCGAAGAUGCGGAGGAAAGUGACGAGGAUGCAGAGGACGGCUCGGAAAGCGACAGCGAGCAGGAUGACGAGGCGGACGACGACGAUGCAAAGCAAAAUGACAGCAAGUCCUCGUCUGACUCCGAGGACGAAGCUCCUGCGGUUGAGGCCGACGCUGAUGUAGACACCAACAAGCAGGCGUCCACCUCUGCCAAGCCUGCUACCGUCCCUGCUGCAGCCAAGUCAGCUGCCGUCGAGAAGGGUCGUGGCUUUGCUUUCGUCUGGAUGGUAUCGCGCAACGACGCCGCGCGCGCCAUCGAGGCAGUCAACGGCAGCAAGAUCCAGCACGGCGCCGCCGAGCGUGCCGCCUACAAGUCUGCUCUUGGCUCCCGUGGUCGACGUGCUGCCAAGGCCGCGCUGGACCACGUGCGCGCAAACGCUCAACCCGAGCGAACCGUCGCGGUCGACUGGGCGCUCAGCAAGAAGGACUGGGAGGCCAAGGCCGACGAGUCCGAGCCCGAGCAAGACGACAAGGUCAACGACGACGAUGCUGACGAUGCCGAUGACGCCAGCGAUGCCGGCAGUGAUGCCAGCGAGGAGCCCGCAGAGCGACUCAAACUGCCAGCACCCGAAGAGGGCACCACGCUUUUCGUCCGAAAUCUGCCGUACCAGGCCACCGAAGAAGAGCUGCGCAACCUCUUCCGCACGUUUGGCCCGCUGCGCUAUGCCAAGAUCACCAUGGACAAGGCGACCAAUCGCAGCAAAGGCACGGGUUUCGUGUGCUUCUGGCAGGCCGAGUCGGCUGAUGCGGCGCUGGCACAGGCGCGCAUCAUCGAGCGCGAGUCGGGCGUCUCGGGAUCUUCGUCGAGCUCCGUCGCCAACCAGAAGAACCCCUUCGCCAUGCCGUCCGUGCUCACCGCCGAUCCCGCUGCACCGCUCACGGCGAGUCUCAACCUGCAUGGCCGCGUGCUCAACGUCAUCCCCGCCGUAGCGCGCGACGAGGCGUCGCGUCUCGAGACGAGCGGACGCAAGGAGCGCGAGAAGGGCGACAAGCGCAACACGUGGCUGCUCCGAGAGGGCGUGCCGUUCCCCAAUUCGGACUUUGCCGCACGCCUCGCGCCGUCCGAGGUGGAGAAGAGGCUGCAGUCGUUCCAGGUGCGCAAGGCGCAGAUGGGCGCCAAUCCGUCGCUCUUUGUGAGCAAGACGCGUCUGGCGGUGCGUUCGCUGCCGCUCUUUGUGUCGGACCGCAUGCUGAAGCGUCUGGCGAUCCAUGCGAUCAAGACGUUUGGAUCCGAAGUGCGUGCGGGCGAGCGCGAGGAUCUGGAUGCCGACGAGAAGGCCGAUCGCACCCUCAGUGCUUCCGCCGAGAACCGCAAGCGCAAGCCGGGCGAGAGGCCGACGCCCGUGGUUCAGUCCAAGGUGGUGCGUCAGCACGAUCGAGUCGAGGCGCUCACGGGUCUGGGCAAGUCCAAGGGUUACGGAUUCUUGGAGAUGAAGUCGUUCAACGAUGCGCUCAAGGUGAUCCGCUGGGCGAACGCGAGCAAAGCUGUGUCGAAGCUCUUCGGCGAGUGGUGGAAGGACGACCUGCAGCAGCAGGUGGAUCGCAUCGCGACGCAGGUGCACUCCAAGACCAAGACGCUCGAGGAGAAGAAGGGCGAAGAGGCGGAUGCGCUUCGUGCCGAGAUCGAGGAGCUCACCACGCGCAAGCAGCGUCUGCGCACCAAGGUCAGCGAGCUCGAAGAGGGCGGUGCUUCGGGAGACAAGGAGCGUGGCGGUCUGCUCAUGAUCGAGUUUGCCAUCGAAAACGUCGUGACCACCAAGAAGCGCGCCGACAAACUCAAGGCGACCAAGGAAUCCGCCGUGCGAAGACAGGAGAGGAUGGAGGCCGAGGAGCGCGAGGCCGCCGUCCACGCCGAACUCGCAAAGAGGGAGGCGCAAGCAGCCCGCAAGAUCGAGGCCGACAAGAACAAGCCCAAGGGCUACGCUCACGGCCACGUCAUCGGCAAGAAGCGAAAGGAACGCCGCGCACGUCGCAACUGA